UUUAUUGCAAUUCCCUAUCCUAUUGCACAUUCGCAAUGACACAGUUGAGCCCUUGGCCGUCCCAUAUCUUAUUAUGACAAUUAAUUUUCUCGUCCUAUGGGAAUCAUUUGGAAAUACUUGUCAUUAUGCCAACCAUAGCAGCCUAUUAGAUUUGCAUAAGGCAUUUAGAACAACCGGACUUUUACCUUUUUUUCAAGUGCACAGUUCCGGGUAGUCUGACAGACACACAGUGAUGAAGUUCAACAAAGGUAGAUCUCUCAGAGCUGCACUCUAGCUACCACAGUUGGCACUUCAAACCUGGAUUAUAAGGAAAAGGGGAGGCAUCCUCAGACUGCAAAACCUGUUCAAGCAGCCUGCAGAUUUCCCUAAAUAAGCAGCACGUUAACCAGAAUACAGUAGGAGGACCUUUCAGACCUCCAGGGGACUAAAGAAGAGAGGGACAGACAGAAAUCACCGCCGGGUUAACCACUAUAGAGGAAGAUCAAGCCAAGGAUCCAUAUGUCACACUACAACAACACUGGAGGAUAUAACAACCCUGCCUAUCAUGACAGUGACACCCUGGAGAUAGAUAGGAGUCCUUCUAGGAAAUCCCAAUCCCAUCACAGUAACCCACAUGGUAACCCCUACCCCAGGGAUGAUGGAGCCGGGGGUGAGAGGGGCAGGUCUGACCUUCAGCAGCUUCCAGGAGGGGUCCAGUCCAGCUACGACGAUGCCCAGGAGAGAGUGCCCUGGGGCGGGUGGCAGGAGGGGAGCUGGAGGGGCAGAGACAGCAUUCCCAUGGGUCUCCUUCCUCCCCGGUCGGAGAGCCCACGAUGGCAGCAGCAUGACCUCAAUCACAGCGGGUACCAGAUCGAUCAGGCAACGCAUUAUGACACAACGCCUCCUGUACGACUUCCAUCUGCAACUUCAGGUCAUGUUUCGAUGAGGUUCAGGGGGUCGAGGAAGAUGAGUCUAUUCCCUGUAGGAGAGGCUGCUCUGGGCAAUCUGGGCCUUUCUGAGGACGACAUCAGGAAUGAGAUGGAAAAUGAGGAACAGAACUUGGUCCAAGAGCUGGUUGCUAUGUCAACGAGGGACAGAAUCAAGGCCAUCCGAGACCUCCCUAUGAGCUUUGUUGACAAGAAACACAUCAGGGGCCAAGUGUUGGCGUUGAAAUCAUUCAAAAAGUCCCGGCAACUGAACUGCUUUGCAGACUGUUCAAAGACUGUCUCACUGGCGUUCCACAGGUGCGGUGCUAACAUGACUUUAGCCAAGCAGACCCUGGAACUGUGGCGGGGUACCAUGAAGGAGGUCGGGGGUAAAUUUGGCACGGGGGUCCUCUCCUACUUCAAGUUCCUAAAAUGGCUGCUGAUGUUCAACAUCUUCUCCUUCCUGGUCAACUUUGGUUUCAUCACCAUCCCCCAGCUCAUCUAUCACCCCACGCCAGACAUCCCCGCUGGGGUCAGCUUCAAAGGGCUAGAGAUACUGACCGGAGCGGGUUAUUUCAGCCACACAGUGAUGUAUUAUGGCGGCUACAGUAAUAAAACACAAGGGACAGGGGGCCGGUCUGAGUACAACAUGCAGCUGGCCUACUUCUUCACCAUAGCAGCCUACAUGGUGUUGUGUGGAGCCGCCCUCAUCUACAGCAUGGCCAGCUCGUUCAGGAAGAAGUAUGUCCUUGCAGACUCAGGCUUGGGUGGCGCCUGGCAGCUCCUGUGUAGCUGGGACUUCAGUGUGACUAACGAGAAAGCCGUACGACAGCGCAAGAACAAUCUGCGCAUCCAACUCAAGGUCACUUUCACUGUAAUCUCGGAAACCAGAACCAAAUCUUGUGAGUCCUUAUCAGAAAAGGUCCAGGUGGCCCUGCUACCUCUGACAGAGAGGCUGAAGCACUAUGGGGUCUUCCUGGGUACCUGGCUCCUCUCCACGGGCAUGGCCUUGGGCUGUGGCGCCAGUGUCUACUUCUUGUGUCAAUAUGACACAUGGCGGACGAGGCAGUCAGCGGACAAAGCUUCCGGCUCUCUCCUGGAGGAGGCCGCUACUCUCCUCCUCCCCUUUGUGGUGUCCCUGAUCAAUCUGGUCGUCCCUCUCUUCUACUCUCUGUUCAAAAAGAUAGAGCACUACUCCAACCCUCGCAUGCAGGUCUAUGCCAUCAUAGUCAGAAAUGUCAUUCUCAAGAUGUCCAUUCUGGGUAUUCUCUGCUACUACUGGAUGAAGGAUGUGGCCAAUACAUUUUCAUGCUGGGAGUCCAUCGUAGGACAAGCCUUGUACAGACUGGUUAUUAUGGACUUCCUCUUCAUAAUGUUAGGAUCCUUCUUUGGAGAGUUCCUGAGCAAUGUCAUUGGGACUAAAUUCAUACAGAGCCUGGGAGUUCCAGAGUUUGACGUUGCCAGGAAUGUCCUUGACCUGAUCUAUGCACAGACCCUGGCAUGGAUCGGAAUCUACUUCUCUCCCCUCCUCCCAGUGAUACAGAUAAUCAAGUUCUUCAUCCUCUUCUACCUAAAGAAGGUCAGCCUGACCCAGAACUGCCAGCCCCCCAGGCGAGCCGGCAGGGCGGCUCAGAUGCAAACCAUCUUCAUCGCUAUCCUCUUCUUCCCUUCCUUCGUGGGGGCUCUGUCCAUGGUGGCCUACACCGUGUGGACUCUGCCCCCCUCAGACAAGUGUGGGCCCUUCAGGGGCCUCAACACCACCUUCAGUGCAAUACAGAUCUGGAUGGACGAUUUGAACAGGGUGGAUGCGUUUCGGUGGACUGUCUGGAUCUACCAGCACGUCAUCAGGAGUGAGAUAUUCUACUUCCUGGUCUCUCUCAUCAUCCUUGUCUUCAUUUACAUCUUCAGGCAGAUCACUCAGGGACGCCAGCUGCUUAUCACUCUACUGAGGCAGCAGAUUGUUAAUGAAGGGAAGGACAAGGCGUUCUUGUUGGAGAAGCUACAGAACCUUCAGAAAUCCAAGCAGAACAAACAGAAAAAGAAAAAACAGGUCAGGAAAAGACCGGAAAAUGAAUCCUCCUCUGGCAUGCUCCAGGCUCUGAUUGCCCGACAGCGGUUGGAGCAAGAGAAUGGUGGCAGCAGCUCUUUCGGUGUGCCUAUGCCUUCCGGCCACUCAAUCUCCACGACAUCGAGUGCUAUGAUGCAGGCCAUGCUAGCCAGGCAAUACGCAGAGGACCAGGAUGUAGCCAGUUAUCGCGGGGUGCCAUUUCCUGCAGACCAAACACCUGCGCCCUCCAGUGCACUGAUACAGGCCAUGCAAGCCAGGCAAAGGGUGGAGUCACAGAAUGAGGACGAGUUUUACCGGGCGCCAGUUCAGUCACAGAACCCAGUAAACACGUUACCCAGUGCGAUGAUACAGGUGAUGCAAGCCAGGCAGAGGGCGGAGUCAGAGCAGGAAGAAGACAAGUUUUACCGGGCGCCAGUUCAGUCACAGAACCCAGUAAACGCGUUACCCAGUGCGAUGAUACAGGUGAUGCAAGCCAGGCAAAGGGCGGAGUCAGAGCAGGAAGAAGACCAGUUUUACCGGACGCCAGUACAUUCAGAACACCCAGUGUCAUCAACACCCAGUGCGAUGAUGCAGGUCAUGCAGGCCAGGCAGAGAGCAGAGGAGGAGGAGAGCGAGUUUUACCGGGCGCCUGCUUCUUCACAGCACCCAGAUGCGUCAGGCACCGGUAGUGCUCUGAUACAGGCUAUGCUAGCCCGGCAACAGGUAGAGGAGGAGUACGGUGACAGAUACUGAGCAUGACCGAGAACUGAACCACUU